AGAAUCGCACUUGCGGUGUAGUGCGUAGUAUGCAGUGUGUAGUGUGCAGCGUACGUGAGCGUUCCAUUCCGUUUUCCUUAAGCGGGACAGAGGGGGAGGGUUGAGCUCCAAAUGACGUUAGCGAGCCCGAUAAAACACCAAGCGGCUUCACGCGGACGCAUCAGACAGUCCGUCCGCGCGCACAGAGCGACCGCAGCAGCAGCCGCAGCUCCCGUAGACACCGACUCGCGUCUCAUUUAUACAUUCUGGGUGUUAAAUACCGACGAGAACGAUGGUCUGAAGAGAUUUAGGCGAUCAUUUCGUGAAUGUAAUUCCAUUACAUUCAUCUGUUCAGCGCGCAAAGGGCCGCUUUGGUUUCGCCGUCUCCUCAGUCGCCUUCUCUCUGAGAGAUUCACGUGCCCAUGCGAUUCUUCAGACUCACCUUUAAGUGUUUCGUGGAUUGUUUUUGAAGGUGCUGUUUCAAAUCAGUGUCUUUUUUUCCUUUUAUGAUCUAUUCUUUAUUUUAAAAACGCGUUUUUGAUUAAACAAACCAAUAAUAGCCGUUGCCAAUUUCGCCGAGAGAAUCAAACUGCCAUCCCUUGUGACCGUUUGACAUUGAGGAGAAACGGAAAAUACAUCCGUAAAGAAUUAGCACUGCAGAUUUGAUUAAAUAAAAGGAUAAAGGACCAGAUCCCGUGCACCUGAAGAGGAACAAAAGGGACACCUUGGUGUGAAUAAAGAAAAUUGACUUAAUCCAAAAACAAUAAGAGAUCACAUAUUUAUUUUUGACUGGAGGUUCGGUUGCUUUGUUUACACGAGAGAUGGAGAAAUCCUCUCUGGACGCAGAAUGCUGCGCCCUGAACAUGGUCCUGGUGGAGGAGAAGAAGGGCCAUCUCAUUCCCAAUGGAAACGCGCAUCAAGGCGUCAAUGGGACCCUCAACGGCGGGCCCAUAUCAGCGGUCACUGGAGCCAUAUCGGCGGCGGAGAAGAAGCAGCAGGGCUUCCCCGAGCGAGAGACGUGGACCAGGCAGAUGGACUUCAUCAUGUCCUGUGUGGGGUUCGCCGUGGGUCUGGGGAAUGUCUGGCGCUUCCCGUACCUGUGCUACAAAAAUGGUGGAGAUAGAGAAGAUGUCAGAGUGUUUGGGAUCUAAAGUCUCAACCACCUGUGGUAGAGGGGAAAGAUCAUGGAAACCGACCGCUGGGAACAUUUCACGACGACCAUCAAUUCCCCCGAAAACAAAAAGUGAUUCAAAUAAGACAUGCCAGCUUGAGAAAUAUAAGACGCAUGAGCGUCUAUUGAGAAUUGGCUGACACUUGGAGCUCCUCUUGCUCAAAUAGUUACUUUACCCCCAACAAGGAGCUCUAAGGUAACAGAAUUACAGGCUGCCAAACUCAAUGUGCCGUCUUUGUGUGCAUACUGAAUUGCUCCUGAAUUGUUUUGUCAAAUCAAAUCAGGCCUGUCAAACACCAAAAACACUGUCUUGCUGGCAGGAGGAGAGUAAAUACGGUUCAUGACACACAUUCUUGACUUUUACUGUGUUCACAGGUUGAGUCUGUGAGAUACUUGUGAUAUUUACUUUGCACACUCUCAGAAGACAAAUUUAGCCAGGUCAAAUUUAAACCUGUGGAAUAUUUUAUGCAUAGGUUGGUUUUGUCUUCCUUAAAAGGAACAGUUCAUCCAAAUAUAAAAAAUAAGUUAUUUACCUAUGCUCAUAUACAGUAUAUUUAAAGCAGAAAAUGCAAGUUGCUCGUACAGUGAAAGAGAAAGGUGGCCACGACUGUCAGGCAAGAUUUGAAUGAAAAAUGAGUUACAUUUUAGUCCAUCCUCACACAAAAAUAUAAUUUCAUAAGA